AUGCGCACUUGCCCUCGACCCACACGCGGCACGACGUUAGCUGAGAGCCAGGUCUUGCGUCGCCUGAAGCAGCUUGGUGACAAGAACGAUCUGUUCCGCUCCUACAUUGGCAUGGGCUACUACGGCACCAUCACGCCCAGCGUCAUCAAGCGCUGCGUACUUCAAAACCCUGGCUGGUAUACGCCUUACACGCCUUACCAGGCCGAGGUAGCCCAGGGCCGCCUGGAGUCACUCGUCAACUAUCAGACCAUGAUUCAGGAUUUGACGGGCCUCGACGUUAGCAAUGCCUCGCUGCUCGAUGAAGCCACGGCGGGCGCUGAAGCCUUCUCCAUGGCUUAUAGCAUCAACAAGAAGCGCAACGUUUUUUUGGUUGAUGAACAGCUCCACCCCCAAACCUUGGCUCUGAUCAAGACCCGCGCCGAGCCCUUUGAAGUUGAGAUUCGCGUCGGCAGCAUUGAAGACAUGGAGUUCAAUGAGGACGUCAUGGGCUGUCUAUUCCAGUACCCCGACACCCGCGGCAUCGUUCGCGACUUUGGCGAUGUUGUGAAGCGUGCUCAUGAUGUCGGCGCCAUUGCGGCAUGCUCGGCCGACCUGCUCUCGCUAACGCUGCUUCAAGCCCCCGGCGACUUUGGCUGCGACAUUGCCGUCGGUGCCGUCCAACGCUUCGGUAUUCCCAUGGGCUAUGGUGGCCCUCAUGCUGCCUACAUCGCCACCAAGGAGCAGCAUAUGCGCCGUCUGCCUGGUCGCAUUGUCGGUGUGACCAAGGAUUCCAACGGUAACAAGGCUUAUCGUCUGGCCCUUCAGACGCGCGAGACCCACAUUCGCCGCGACAAGGCCACGUCCAACAUCUGUACGGCCCAGGCAUUGUUGGCUAACAUGAGCGCCCUCUACGGCAUGUACCAUGGUGCUGAUGGUCUUAAGCAAAUUGCCACCCGUGUUCAUCGCCUCGCCCUGGCUACUAAGAGCGAACUUGUGUCUGCCGGUCACCGCGUGUCCGAUGGCCUGUUUUUCGAUACACUGCACGUCUAUCCCAAGGACUUGGCCGAGGUGAAGGCGCGUGCUGCUGAUAAGCAGAUCAACUUCCGUUACUUUGAUGACGGUGCCGUCGGCGUGUCUUUCGAUGAGGCCAUGACUGAGCGUGAUGUGGCUGACGUCAUUGCUGUAUUCACGGGCGUGGAGCGCGCUGACUGCUCUGAUCUGGCUUGCCCUGAGGUCGACUUUGGAGCUCUUGCUCGCAAGUCCGCCUUUAUGACCCAUCCCAUCUUCAACACGCUGCAUUCCGAGACUGAGCUCAUGCGCUACUGCAAGUAUCUUGAGAACAAGGACGUGUCGUUGGUUCACAGCAUGAUUCCCCUGGGUUCAUGCACAAUGAAGCUCAAUGCGGCCACUGAGAUGGAGGUCGUGACCAUGGACGAGUUUGCUGCCCUCCAUCCCUUCGCGCCCUCAGAACAGGCCAAGGGUUACUGGGAGAUGUUUGAUGAAAUCACCGAGGACUUGUGCAAGAUUACUGGCUACGAUGCUGUGACGAUGCACCCCAACAGCGGAGCCCAAGGCGAGCUGGCUGGCCUCAUGACCAUCCGCGGCUACCACAUUGCCAACGGCAACCCCCAACGCAAGGUGUGCCUGAUUCCCGCUUCAGCACACGGCACCAACCCGGCCACCGCUGCCAUGGCUGGCAUGAAGAUUGUUGCUGUCAAGAACUGCGGCGAUGGCGCCAUUGACAUGGAUGAUCUGGCAGCCAAGUGCGAGAAGCACAGCAAAGAACUUGGUGCCAUCAUGGUGACGUAUCCGUCAACAUAUGGCGUGUUCGAUGAAAACAUUGUCGAGAUCUGCGAUAUGGUGCACAAGCACGGCGGUCAGGUGUACUUGGACGGUGCCAACAUGAACGCUCAGUGCAUGCUGUGUCGCCCGGGUGACUACGGCGCCGAUGUUUCGCAUCUCAACCUGCACAAGACGUUUUGCAUCCCUCACGGCGGUGGUGGCCCUGGCAUGGGCCCCAUUGGCGUCAAGAAGCACUUGAUUCCCCAUCUGCCCUCCCACCCCAUCAUUGAGGGCCCUAACCAGGGCAGCGGUGGCCCCAUUGCUGCGGCGCCCUUUGGCUCCUCUCUGAUCACUCCCAUCUCUUGGUCAUACAUUCGCAUGAUGGGCGCGCGUGGACUGCGCAACGCUUCGGCUGUUGCCGUUUUGCAUGCCAACUACAUGGCGGACCGUCUUGCUGAGCACUACCCCGUCACUUACCGUGGUGCCAAGGGUCGUGUGGCACACGAGUUUGUCGUGAGUUUCGCCGCUUUCAAGAAGCAUGGCAUCCUUGUGCAAGACGUGGCCAAGCGCCUGCAAGACUUUGGCUUCCACAGCCCUACCAUGUCGUGGCCCGUCAACGACUCGCUCAUGAUUGAGCCCACAGAGAGCGAGUGCAAGACUGAGCUCGACCGCUUCCUUGAUGCUCUCAUUACGAUCCGCCAUGAGAUCCAAGAGGUCGUGGACGGCGUGUAUCCGGCUGAAGAUAACGUGCUGGUCAAUGCUCCACACACGGCUGGCUCUCUACUCGCGACCGAGUGGAACCAUUCGUAUUCGCGCGAUAAGGCUGCUUACCCAACCGAGUGGCUUCGUCAGAACAAGUUCUGGCCCGCAGUCGGUCGUGUCGAUGAUAAGUAUGGUGAUCAGAACGUCGUCUGCUCCUGCCCACCUAUGGAGACGUACUUGGAUUAGCUGCGUCGUCCCUCCUCUAGUCCGGUACUGAGCCCUGAUGUUGGGCCUUGAUUGGUUCGGUAUCUUCUCUCCCUCCCUCCCUCGCUCUCUCUCUCUCUCUCUCUUUCUCUCUCUCUCUCUCUCUCUCUCUCUUUCGUUCUUACGGUGUCGCUUGGUGUUUACCUCAAUCUGCUACUCUGCAACCCAACAAUUCAUGUUUGUAACUGAUGCACGUGUGGUGCACGUGUGGUGGUUGUGGGCACCUUGACAUCAUUCCGACACUUGGGCCACCUAGUAGUGGAAAAGUUUGAUAUCUCCAUUUGCGCGUGCAAAAUCGAGAAAUUCACAUGUC